AUGUGGUUCUCGGGUGCGUUCGUGUUGCUGACGUUGCUGGUCUGGGCAUCGGAGGCCCAGAUUCGUGAGCCGGAGUCGAAAGAUUGGUACGAACACGCCACGUUCUACCAGAUCUACCCUCGGUCGUUUCAGGACAGUAACGGCGAUGGAAUUGGGGAUCUGAUCGGGAUCACCUCGAGGCUCGAGUACUUGGCCGGGUUGGGCAUUGAUGCGGCUUGGUUAAGUCCACCGUUCGUAUCCCCGCUAAGGGACUUUGGGUACGAUGUGUCCGAUUUCUACGACAUCCAGCCCGAGUACGGGACGCUACAGCACAUGGAGCAGCUGAUCGCUGAAGCGCACCGCCACGGGAUCAAGCUAAUGCUGGACUUUAUCCCGAACCACACCAGCGACGAGCAUAAGUGGUUCGAGCAGUCGGCCAGCGGGGCCGUUGGGUCAACGUACUACGAGUUCUACAUCUGGCGUGACGGCAAACGGAACGCGGUGACGGGUGUGCUGGAACCACCGAACAACUGGAUCUCGGUAUUCGGUGGCCCAGCCUGGACGUACGAUGAGCGCCGGGGGCAGUACUACCUGCACCAGUUCACGUCGAAGCAACCGGAUCUGAACUACCGCCAUCCGGCGGUGCUGGAGGAGAUGACGGCCAUGUUGCGCUUCUGGCUGGAGAAGGGCGUCGACGGGUUCCGGCUCGAUGCCAUCAACCACAUGUUUGAGGACGAACAGUUGCGUGACGAGCCGCCCGGGUGGGGUGCACCGGGCACGUACGACGAGCUGGAUCACAUCUACACCAAAGACAACCCGGACACGUACGGUGUGGUGUACGGAUGGCGUCAACUGUGCGAGGAGCACGGACGGCAGACGGGCAAAACCAUCAUCCUGAUGACGGAGGCUUACGCCUCGAUCGAGAACACGAUGCUGUACUACGAGGACGCGACCGGCAGCCGACAGGGUGCUCAUAUGCCCUUCAACUUCCAGCUGAUCUACGACUUCACGCGCGAUCAGAACGCGAUCGGAUUGAAGCAAACGAUCGACUUUUGGCUCAACCAUAUGCCGGCCCGGCAUACGCCCAGCUGGGUAGGUGGUUCGCACGAUCACUCGCGUGUGGCCAGCCGGGUUGGAGUGGAGUACGUCGAUCAGUUGCUAACGUUGCUGCACACGCUACCGGGAACGAGCAUCACGUACUACGGUGAAGAGAUCGGCAUGUUCGAUUACAAGGAUGCCGAGCAGUACGACAACCGUGACCCGAACCGUACGCCGAUGCAGUGGGACAGCACGGUGUCGGGUGGAUUCAGUACCAACCGCAGCACCUGGCUGCCGCUGCAUCCGGACUACCCGACGCGAAACGUUGCCAUGCAGGAGACGGCCAGCAAGAGCACCCUGAAGCACUUCCGCAAAUUGACCGACCUGCGACGCCAUCGAACCCUCAUUAACGGGGAGUUUACGCAUCGAACGGUCGGCCGCGAAGUGUACGCCUUCAGCCGGGAUCUGCACGGCGAAGACUCGUUCGUGACGGUGCUCAACAUGGGCUCGGCUGGGCGGACCGUCGACUUGGGAGACUUCCCGAACCUGCCCGCCUCGCUGACGGUGGAGAUUGCCCAACCAAACUCCAACUACAACGAACGCGAUACGGUGCCCAUCCACGAGGUGAAGCUAAUGGCACACGAUUCGAUCGUCCUGCGGGCAGUUGUGUCCGGUUCCGGACGAGUCCAACUAUCGCUCGCCGUUGCCAUUUUGGUUGCCGUGAAAACCCUUUUGCUCUGA